GCCCUUUCCCUUGAUUUCCCUUGUUAUGUUUCAAAUGAAUGGCGGUAAACAAUUGGAGGAGCAUCUUGAUGAGAUAGUUUGUUCAUUUUUUACUAUCUUUCACUUGUUGUAAACGGAGACAAAUUACGAAUAGUUUAUAAUAUUGGUUGAAGCAAAUAGCACCAUUUAAGCUGUUGGAUUGCCAUUCAAAAAAGCAAUCUUAAAUUAACUAAAGUUUGCCACAAGCAGAUAGUUUCCUGAAAAAAUGGAGGAAACACCAGUUCCUGUUAAGAAAAGGUUGUCUUUAUCACUUGCAGCUAAAGAUGUAUGCUCCCCUUGCUUUAGCAAAAAUGCUGUAGAAUCGCCAAUGAGUAGCCUUGCACACAGUCUGAUUGGUCUGUCGUGUGCUGGGGGAACACCAAGAAGACGUCUGUCUUUGUGUGAAUCACCAGCAUCAUCUAGAUCAUCUUUAAGCUCUGACGCAGGUAAUUACCAUGCUAGGCGCUUACUAAGAACCAUUUCAGAGCCACCCACCUACAGCCCACCUCCAGUAACCCCAGUGUUUUCAAUGCCCAAGUUCUUUAGUGAAAAUGACGACGGAGAUGAAAUUAAGGAUGAAAUAUCUGUUGUGAAUCAGAACACCACUAACAAGGAUAUGUCCACGUUUACCAAACCUUGUAUUCCUGCUGGAAAGGUCCAGCCUUUCCGCUCCAUCUCAGCACCUGCAAACCUUUUUAAAGAUGAUGAUGGUGAUGUAAAAUUGAAGACAUGUGCAUUGACCAAUAGUGAGGAGGAAGAGGAUGAUGGCUUCCUAGAAUUCAUGGAUUCAGAAAAUACUGAGCCAAACAAAACUUCUGCUCCAUCUGGUUUGGAUAACCUUAUAACAAAGCCCCUUAUAAAGAAGUGUUCUCCAACUUCAAAAACAAAAGUCACUCCACCGGGCCCUCUGCAGCCCAUUAGUAUCAAUAAGAUGGACGAUUUCACUAAACUUUUAUCAUUUAUUUUAUUUUUUAAGCCAAACAAAACUUCUGCUCCAUCUGGUUUGGAUAACCUUAUAACAAAGCCCCUUAUAAAGAAGUGUUCUCCAACUUCAAAAACAAAAGUCACUCCACCGGGCCCUCUGCAGCCCAUUAGUAUCAAUAAGAUGGACGGCAACACACCUGUUGCUAUACCUGCAGCUCGUGGAGUAAGACGAAGUAUAUUCAAAGUUCCCAGUCAACCAAGCAUUCAAUCAUGUUCCUUUCUGAAGAGAAGCGAAAGACCGAGGGACCACCCAAGUCCCAUCCAGCGUAAGAAGCCACGCAGUUCUUCCAUUGACAGUGGUUGUUUCAAGACACAAACAACUGACCCCAUAAUCCCUCGUAAACUAGAGCGGUCCCAAUCAAUGUUGUCACCUUACACUAGGCCAGCAGACCAACCAGACCUGUUAGGUGACCAGUCAAAGCCAUACUGCCUACCUCUUCUUCCUGGUAAACACCGAGACCUUAAGUGUAUUUCUCCAAACACUUUAGGUCGAUUAAUAAACAACGAAUUCGCUGACGAAAUAGGAGAGUACCAUAUUGUGGACUGUCGGUACCCUUAUGAGUACGAGGGUGGCCAUAUCAAGGUACGCCUAAUUCACAAUGUUAUUUUAAUCAAAAUAUUUUGCAGACAAAAAAUGGAAACAUAUCUUCAUCUGCAGGGUUUGUGCGAGCCUCAGAGUUACAGAGAAAUGCUUGACAAACAUCAUAGCGAAGACCUCAAGCAUUUCAGGGCCAAAUCAAAGUCAUGGGCAGGAGAGCGAAGUCGAUUAAAACACUCGCGCUCUCAAGAAAAUUAACGCACAACUGAUUCGCUUAAGAAUUUUGCUAACAAAUGUUUUCUGUGGUGCAGCUGACUGAUGCCAGUUCUGGGCUUCUUUAUUCAGUUUCAGCCAUUAAAGUAACUAUAAUUUUUGCAAAUGUUUAUGUUUAGAUUUACUUAGGUGUGUCUUUCUUGUGUUUUUAGGCAUUUAUGUUAUUUAAAAAAAGGGCAAUGAGAUGCAAAUUGAUAUUAAUUUAUGAGGCUAUUGGAAACUUCUACCUCAUGUCUGUUCCAGAACAUCAAAUGGCAUCAUUUUUUUAUUAUGUUAAUUAUUAGUAUAUAUAAUUGUGUAGUAUUUUUAUAUCGUAAUUAUACAGUUGUGAUAACAUAAUGUGCAACAAAUGUGAUGCAUGUCACUAUAAUCAAGUUUGCAUUUGCAGAAUUCAGGGAAAAUGACUGCCCUAGGACAAUAAGUCCUAUGAGGGAAAGAGGAGACAGACUAACCACAGUUGUAAUAAUAAGCCAGGUUGACAGAAAGAUGUAGUGCGUGGAAAAAAACACCGAAAGUUGUUAAUUUUUAUAUUGGAAACAUGCUUAAAUAUUCAUGGGGGACCCAGUUAAAUCUACUGUAGAAGGAAAGCUUUCAGAUAUGGUUUUUUAUUAACAACAUUUAUAUUGGAGUUUGUUUUCUACAAGUCCACAUUUAGAACACACUCUUUUAGAUUAGUUUUAACAGAUUUACUCAAAGAUAUUCUGUUUUGUAAGUUAUUAUAUAGUUUUCUGUGAAAUAUUUUGUCAGAGUAAACUCAGGUAUUUAUAUGACAAAAAAUCAAAAUCAUGUAAAUAUAAAUAUUGAUUCAUUCAAAGGCAAAUAACAUGUUGCAUGUCAGAAUACCUGAUAUUAUGUACAAAUGUAAUAUUUAUUCAUUAUUAAUUAAUUAAAAAUAAAAAUAUAUAUAUACAGGAGUCUUCUAAGUAUUAAGUUGUAUUAUUGUAUUUCUUUUAAAAAAAAUAUCAGUUGCAGAAAUCACCAAGUAUUAAUAAACAAUAGUAUUUGAAGGAAAAUAGAGAGUUGAUGGUGUUAAAUGAAUUAAUUGUACUUGCAUGUACAGUACUACUAUUGAGGCUGUUAACAUGUGUGCGAUACUACAAACCUCCACACUACACAGUCCUAAAUGCAGGAUUGGCUACUUUUGCUUAUAUCCAUCAGAUCCUAACCACCCUUGUAUUUUGUACUCCUCCCAAAUUAUCAUGUGUUUUGUAUACCCACAAAAAGAUUUCUUUAUCCCUCCUCACAAUCUAGCAUGUAUUCUUAACCCCUGUAUAAAGUUCAUUGACUCUGUAUCUCUUUUUAGUAGCUUGUAGCUAGUUAUAGAAGCUUGCACUGUACCUCCUGGUAGCCUUUGCCCCAAGUACUGCCUUUAGCACUAGUAGUAUUAGCUAAUGGUAAUUGCCUUCUCUUAUGAUUAAACUUAUUUUUUGACUUGGUAAUGUAAUGUCAUUGUAGUUGUUGCAUGCGGUGAAUGGAAAGGAAGAAAAUAAAGAGUAAAAUUAAGUUGA